AUGUUCAUAGAAUAUGAAGAACAUUCUAGAAACAUUCACGGCACAUCCAUGCGAAUAUUCCUGAGAGAGAACAUUCGAAUCAUAUACAAACAUUCAUGGAACAUUCGGUGCUAUCUGGGCAAAUUUAAUUUAAGAAAAUGGCGAUAUACCGGCAUAGAAGAGUCAGAUAGUCAGACUACGGUACUCGGUAUUUUAUGGGAUACGAAGACAGACACUCUGGCUUUAUCAGGAUCUUAUUUAGACGUACCGGAGAAAAUAACUAAAAGAGUUGUACUCUCAUCGGUGCAGAGAGUGUUUGAUCCCCUAGGUUUCAUAUGCCCUGUGCAGCUGAUACCGAAACUGAUGUUACGACAAUUCUGGAGUCAACAUCUCGACUGGGACACUGAAAUUGAUGCAGAGAACAGAAGUAAAUUUCUAGAAUGGAUGCAGCAGUUAAAUUUACUCCGAGUCAUGAAGAUUCCUCGCUGGAUUUUUGGUGAGCAGCGGGAUGAGGAUUCUAUAUCCUUCCAUAUUUUUGUAGAUGCAAGCAAGGAUGCCUACGCCGUCGCUCUGUUUAUCAGAGUGCGAUCCAGAGCAGAAGUCAAGGUGCAUCUAGUUGAAGCAAAGUCAAGGGUAGCACCGCAAGGAAAGAAAACGAUACCCAGUCUCGAGUUACUGGCUGCUUCAAUCGGAGCAAGGAUGAUGCACUCCUUCGACAAAGCAAUGAAUUAUAAACAUAUUAAGAGAUAUUUCUGGAGCGACUCAACUACCGUCUUGUCCUGGAUAAGUCAAGAGAAGCAAUGGGCGGUAUUCGUGUGGAAUCGAGUCCAGGAAAUAAGGAAACUUACUAAUCCAAAGUCCUGGAGAUAUGUGCCCGGAGCCCUAAAUCCGGCAGACUUGCCCUCCAGAGGUUGUAAUGCGAGGAAGAUUUUUGAGUUUUGA